AUGGCGGUUCAACUGGUUGCUGAGUUUAAAGUAAGGACUGGAGAAUGCAUCAAAGUGAAAGGCAAGCCGACACUAGACGCCAAAAGCUUUGCCAUCAACCUGGGCCGGGAUGAGUUGGGUCUGAUCCUUCACUUCAACCCUCGAUUUCAUGGGAACAGCGGGACCAUUAUCUACAACUCCAAGACCUGUGGAAAGUGGGAUAAGCAGCUGCAAGAGUCAAAGUUUCCCUUUUCACGGGGAGUAGAGACCAAGAUCCAUAUCACCUUUAAUGCCAAAGACGUGACGGUGAAACUGCAUAAUGACCAGGAAAUUAAAUUCCCAAAUCGGCUGAAACUGGAAACUGUGAACUACCUGUCUAUUGUUGGCGAUUUUAAUGUUAAAAAUGUCAAGUUUGAGUCCUGCCCUCUGUCUCGCAUCUAG